CGAGAGUGAGGGGUGGGAGGGGGGAGGAGGCUCCGAGAGGGCCACCCGGGGCAAGGAGGGAUCCCAACGGGACCCCUACCAGCAAGCCACUGCCCGCUGUGCCCCCUCCGUCAUACUCGGGCCACCACUCGAGCACUCGGAUGCGUAGCACGGCCAAUGCGAGGGCUGCAGGGCUGUUGCACCGGCCCCCCGGGGCUUGGCGCAAGGCAUUCCAGGCAGAAACGCCCAUCCUCCCGUGGCCAGCAGUACUGCCUGGACGAAUACCACCCUGGGGUAGCCCAUUGGCCUCUUGGGUCGCCCUGGGGCCGGCCUUCCACGCCGAGUUCUGCCUAUUCACAGCGCUAGAGCUGCCGUGUUCGACGAGCUGCAUGGGCAGCCUCGAUCUUCCCUGCGGCUUGGCUCACCAUGGGAGCAUGGGAGGAGGGAGGGAGGUUGGUUGCAUCCGGUCGAGAUGUUGGCGACUGACAAGACGGGGCACUUUCUGGCUCCCCCCCUUCUCUACCCUCCGCCAUCCUUCCCCCGAACCAGCACAUCCUCGUCGGCUCUCCUGCCCGAGAAAGAGGCAUCUGGUCCUUGUGAACAGGUCGCGCAAUGUCGCCCAUGCCAGAGCCCAAGGGGGCUAUUACACCACCCCCUGCCCAGGAUGACGACGCAUACUCUGCGUACUCUGGGAGCAGCUACUUCUCGGACGAGCACACACUGCCGGGGGACGACGCCUACAACGACGAUGCCCGCAGCUGGACCAGCGGGUCCUCGUAUGAGUCCUACGACUCGUUCACCCACCGCGAGCAGCUCCCGUCAUACCGCGUCCGCAGGUCCCAGGGCCCCUCCCAGCCCGUCUACGAGGCCUGGGUCCUGAGCCUGUCGCACGACACGGAUUACGAGGUCACGAAGCUGACCUCGUGCGGCAUCGACAUCCUCUCCACCCACGACGAGGAGCGGCCCUUCGUGGUCACCAGCACGGCGACGCACGACCAGCAGGAGCUGAGCGACAUGGCCCUCGCCGCCGCCGCCAGCUACGGCGCCGACCACAGGCGCGGGUUCGCGGCGCGCCUCCUCCGCGGGACCCCCAAGACGUACGAGCAGGACCUGGACGCGCGCCUGCGCAGGCUCCCCGCCGCCCUCCAGUUCAACCUCAACGCCCUGCUCCGCAACCGCGAGGAGGCCACCUCCAGCCGCUUCCGCCGCCGCGACUGGACCGUCGCCGUGAUGCGCGAGCAGUACCGCUACCGGUUCGCGAGCGCGGCGCCCGAGGAGGUGAGCAAGAAGAAGAGGAAGGGCGGCCUCUUCAGGGGCAGGGGCGACGCCCGCCGCGUCGAGUACUUUUUCGUCCUCAGGGGCGCCGAGGGCAAGGUCGCCGCCGCCGACAAGGUCCUGCACCAGCCGCGCGAGUUCGACAACCCGUGGUCGAGGGUCGACGAGGAGGAGAGGAUCGCGCGCGAGCGCGCCAGGGGCGCCAGGAAGUACGGCAAGGGGUACCUCGGCGACGACCCGGUCCCCAGGCCCAGGAGGAGAUCGCCGUCGCCCGCGUACGAUCCCUACGGGGAGCCGUCACAGCCCCGUUUCCAGGACAACAACCGUGACCACGACCUGGGACGGCGACCGCUCAUCGUCGAGCGCGAGCGCGGCAGGCCGAGCAGCCGCAGCCGCAGCCGCAGCCGCAGCCGCAGCCGGAGCCCGUACAUGUAUCGCCGGCGGAGCCCAGCCUAUUCACCAGUCAGGAACGGCCGUCCUCCCCUCAACCCCUUCGUGCCCCUGCCGUUGGGCAUAGGCGGCCUCCCGCCAUUGCCGCCUACGCCCACCGCAUACUACUGCCCCACGCCGGGGCCGUGCUACGCCCCAACCCCGGGACGCUUCAUGCCUCCUCCUCCUCCCCCUCCUCCCCCGCCGUGCGUAGGCCUGACAGGACACCACCACCCCCCCUUCGGCCUGCCUCCCUUCGAACACUUCCCCAUGCCCCAGGGCAUUUUGCCCCCGCCGCCACCACCGCCGCCCCCGCCGGUGGCGCAGGCCAUCGACCCCUACCCGCUGGAGAUCUCGUCCCCGCCCCAGUCCCCGCGGGGCCUGCCCUCGUCCGCCUACAACUGCCUGGGCGGCGCCCCUCCCAUGAUGCCGCCCGGGUUCCACAGCAUGGAGGCCUAUCAGCGGCUGUUCGACGCCGGGUUCCCUGAUCAUCGUGGCGACGAGGAUGAGGACGGGGAUGAUGCUGGGAGUGACGGCGCCUCGCUGCGGUCUGGUGGUGGUGGGGGCGACCUGCCGGCGUCCCCUCCCGCGGCGCCCAAGCCGAGCAACCUGACCACGCCGACCGAGUUCUCGCCCGCGACGUCCCACCACACUGGGUCGAGCGUGCAGAGCGGCGGCAGCGGCGGCAGCGGCGGCAGCGGCAGCACGGACGGCGUCACGCCGCCUGGGGCCCCCGGUAUGGAGAUCAUCUGGGACUGAGGAGGGACGUCGUAGGGGCUAGUUGGGUGCUUCGACGCAGGUGUGGGGGAGUGGAGCAGAGGCUUGUUGGUUAUUUGGUUCGCGACAGGGCUCGGACGAUACUUGAUUCAGUGCCGGGAAGUGUCGUGAGAACCUGCAUUGGGAGACCCGUUCUAGAAUAUGCGAGCUUUGACACGUCUGCUACUAGUGUGUUUCUUCGGUAUGAAUACAUGUAGUGUUUCUCGCUCCGUCCCCGGUCUUUGCUCUUUACUAGGCGAACUUUAAUAUUAUCAAGCGGGGUUCAACUCAUCCAUGCACGCACUGCUCUAAGCUGUCGUCUGUGUUAAACAGUCUCACCAAAUUCAUGGCCAACUGCUGAACUCUCAUACAUAAUAUCGAUUGACAUCUGGCUCUCAUUGCUUCCUAAAAGCUAGACCAUAUGACAGGAAUGUCUCGCUCCGUUCAACUUAGAUUAAACUCGCUUGGAUCUUGAUUCAGACCCCGUCUCUAUUUUCGCUUUGUGAUUUGAGGAAAUCAAGCAGCUCUAUGGAAUCAUCAACUUCGUCCUUCCCAGCAACAGAAGGGCCAAGUCUAGUGUAAAACGGCCACUCGAAGCGAGCCGGGUAGAACCCCGCGUACUCCCAGUCGAUGAUGGCAUUAAUCCUCAACAUUUCCGGGUCGACAAUGACGUUCUGCUGGGACAAGUCGUUGUGGCAGAACACAUAUUCGUCAUGAUCGGAGGGUUUCAAGCGCCAGCGGUCCGUCUCUGUGUGCCGCAGGACUCGAUACGGGGGGAUCACGAUCCCCAACGGCCCACCAAGCCUGUUGGACCUGAGGGUCCGGAGCGUCGCGAGAUGGCCCCGGAGCUCCUCACGCACGACGGCCUUCUGGUCCUCUGUCAGGUCCGACAUGCUCACACCCUCGACGUACUCCGUGACCAGGUAAUAAGCAUCGUCGUCCUCGAAGUCGCAGUAUACCGUCGGGACUGGAAUGUUGGUGUUUUGGCGAAUAUACCGCAAUGACUCUGCUUCAUUCAUAACGCUCUCCUUCCGAAAGCGAGGUAUAUGAAGACCUCGAUGCCCGGUGCGGAACUCCCUGGGCCUCAAGGUUCUCUUGAUGAAGGAUCCUCCACGGUGGUAGUAUUUUCUCUCAAAUGUGACCGCAAAACACCCUUCCUCCUGUGUCGCUUGCUUUUCAGGCAUCGCGACGCCGGCGGAGAUUGGAUGCUGGCGAAAUCAGAGCUGGGAGAUUUGGUUCUUGGCCUUGAAAUGAAUCCUGAGGUUAUAGCGUAGAGCAUUCAACUGGGUCUGAGCAUUUGUGCUCUAAGAAGUCUCUGCGAAAUGGUUGAAAAGAAACACAAGUUGAUC